AUAAAUAAAUAAUAUUAUAAUUUAUAAUAUAUCUAUAUAGUAUUGUUAUUACUUAUUAGUAAAUUAAUUAUUACUUGUAAUUCAAAGCUAAAUCGUAGUACAUUACAAACACCGCUAAAAGCGUUAGUAGUCUUGAGGUUUUUGAUAAGAGCAUAAUGUUAUCGUUUUGCGACCAAUCAUAUCUAAAUUCGUGAUUGGACCAUAGAUUACUAUUUUACCGCUGACUACCACGAUUAAAGAUUAUCUUUAAGCGUGUUGACUACCGAGCGUUGUGUAUUAUCGUAAUCGUUUAUACUUUAUACUUUAUAGUGCUUGUCAAUCGACACUUCGACAGUGCGUUUUCUAUUUACAUUUUAACGUACGCUAUUUUUACUUUUUCACUAUUGGCAUUUGUUGUGUUAUUCAGGCUUAAAGUUUAGACGACUUACUAAACGCGAUGGCUGGUAGAUCGCGAGGACGUAACACAAUUGGCAGGUUUCACAGCAUCUAUUCACGUAAUGAACGGAAUAAUGAACAUGAUGAUCGAACAUCGAGAGCUAGCAAUAGAGGAGGUGGUGGAUACUCAGAUCGUCAUGGCUAUAAUAAAAAAGUGACAUUUAAAGCAAACAAUCGCGGUGGUAAUCAUUUCCGUAAAAGUUGGGAUAGUAAAACUAACCUAGUUCGUGAUCAAUUGGAUAGUGAAUUUUCUAAUCGAAAUGGGCCAUCUAGAAAUAAUCCUGGUCGGCGGUCAUUUCCUGAAAGAAAUAGUCGCGGUGGUCAUGGUAAUUUCAGAAACUUAUCAUGGUCUUUAAAAGAAAGUAGUACUGGAUGGUACUCAGUAUUUGUACCAAAUGUUGAAGAUGGUGACGAAGUACUUAAAAUAAUCCAAACUUAUAUUGCACCAUUUGAAUUUUAUCCAUAUAAUAAACAAUAUUUUGAUAAUGCAUUAAGAUUUCUUGUUGAUGAUUACAAAGUUGCUAAAACAUUGCAUAACACCAGUUAUAAGAUAACACAAAGAGAUGAUCGAAAAUUAAUUAUAAAGGUGUUAUUAUAUUUACCUCCUCGUGGUCCUAUAUCAUUCACACCAGUAUCCAGUGAAGUAAGGGAGAAAAUGAUAGAAGCUUUGGCAACCCGUUACAAUUCCAGUACUAAAAGUUUGGAUUUGUCCAAAUUUUAUGCUUGUCCAUUAUUUACCAAUAACCAACUGUUUGUACCAUUAAAUCGACCAGCAGUUCUUUUGGCAGCAUUGAAUAUAGUUGCUCAACAUACCAAACAUGAUUUGUACGGUUUGAGUCUUGAAAAUAAUCACAUUUAUUUAGGUGAAGGACUUAUAUGGAUACGUAGAUUGUUUCCUGAACUGAAAGUAUUGGAUUUGGCUGGGAACAAAUUUUCUGAUUUAAAAGAACUAAGAUGUCUUUCUGGUUAUACUAUUGAAGUGCUGAACUUGUCAAGAAAUCCUGUGUGUGAUACCGAGGACAUAGAGCAUUACAAGCGGGAUUUACAACAAUUUUUUCCUAUGCUAACUAAGUUGGAUAACUCGGAACUACCAACUCGGUACAGUGCAAUAGGAUCCAAGUUUAAAAUGCCAAUUAACUUGGGUAAUUGUUACCCAAUACCAGAAGGUCAUAAUUCUGAAUUGCCAAAUCCUGUCAUGUCUUUAGUUGAAUCUUUUCUCACUCAAUAUUAUGAAUUGUAUGAUAAUCAAGUGUCCAGAAAAAUGAUCUCAGUAGCUUACCAUGAAAAUGCCACAUUUACAUUAUCCAGUAGUUUUGUAUUUAAAAAUGUUAAAGGAAGUUUAUCACAGUACUUAUAUGAAAGUAGAAAUUUUUUAAAAUCUGACAGAAACAAACAAGGAAAAAGUCGUUUUUUACACAAAGGCAAAGAAAACAUAAUGAACUUCCUUGACAAGUUACCCAAAUCUAAGCAUGAUUUUGGCUCAUUUAUAGUUGAUGUUCCAUUGGCCACUGAUGCAAUGAUUCAGAUUGUACUCAAUGGUGUGUUUGCUGAAGACUUCAAAGAAACCAAAUCCAGACAUGUAUAUCGAUCAUUCUGCAGAACAUUCUGUAUAGUGCCAGUCGGAAGUGGUUGGAGUAUAUAUAGCGAUAUGCUCUUUGUAACAUUAGUUACUGAUGAGUUAUUAUUAGAAACUUCGAAACGAUUCCAUGUUUUUAAACCAAAACCAGUGUCAUCAAAAACAAAUAAUUCUAAUAACAACAGUAACCAAACUGUUAUGAUGUUUAUGGAGGAUACUGAUGAAAUAGCUAGCAUGGAAUCGUCAUUUUCAGGCAUGGAAUCGUCAUUUUCAUCAUCAUCCAGUCAACAGCUACCCACAUCCAGCUACUCACCACCAUCUUACCAACAAUCCACAUUUUCAUCUAAUCAGCCAUCACCAAUGACUGCUCCUAUGAAUCCACAGCAGUCAUCUUAUCAAGGGGGAAUGCAGACAUCCACUCCAAAUAUCCAACAAAUGGCACCUGCUGCUACUGUAAAUUUCCAGCCAAACCCACAACAGCAACCAGCUUCCUCAUUUAAUAUGGUUAAUACAAUAUCACCUUCAGCUCCUGCCUCCUUGCCUAUAAAUGAAUUAUCUACUGGAGUGCCUAUAAAUGUGAUCAGUGAUGUUAAUGCAAAUCCUGAUGAGUUGACUAUGGUUAAGAGGUUUUCAAAUGAGUCUGGAAUGAAUAAUGAGUGGGCUAAAAAAUGUUUAGAAGAAAAUGGAUGGGAUUAUGCUAAAGCUGCCGCUUGUUUUUCAGAUCUUAAACCCAAUAUUCCACCUGUGGCUUUCAUCAGUAAUGAGCAAAAUUAGACAUAAAUUAGUUAUGUAAUUUUUUUGGUUUAUUUUUUCAUAUUGUCAACAAUAUUAAUUAAAAAAAUGUAAACUUGCUAUUAUGGAACAAUCAAAACCAUUUAUUUCCAUCAUAAUA